CCCCCAUGGGGGGGGAUGAACGGGGGGGGGGGGCUGGUUCACCCUCAGCCCGGCUCAGAUCAAGGCAGGCCCCUGGCUGACCUUCCUCCUCUCCCGUGUCUUUCGCCAGCAUGCGAACUGCGGCUUGUCCUCGUUGGAAGAACUGGAGCUGGGAAAAGCGCCACAGGAAACAGCAUCCUGGGGGCUGAGGAAUUCAGGUCCACGAUCUCACCCGCCUCAGUGACCAUGGAGUGUGAGAAAAGGGAUGUCGAGAUCGGUGGCAGGAGAAUUGUGGUUGUUGAUACUCCAGGGUUUUUCUACACCUGCACUUCAUCCGAAGAGACCCGCAGAGAGGUGAAGACGUGCUUGAAGCUCCUCUACCCCGGGCCACACGCCAUCAUACAGGUGGUCCAGCUGGGCCGCUUCAGCGAGGAGGAGAAGGCGGUGGCCAAAACAAUCCAGAAGAUCUUCGGCCUUCAAGGCAAGGCCUACAUGAUCACCUUGUUCACCCGCAAGGAUGAGCUGGGCGAGAAAUCUCUCCGGGAGUUCUUGCAGGAGGGAGACCAAGACCUGUGGAAGCAGAUCGCCCAGUGCGGGGGCCGCUGCCUCACGUUCGACAACAGGGCCAGGGGCCGGGAGAGGGAGGAGCAGGUGGAGGCGCUGCUGCAGGUGGUCGAUGGGCUGGUGGCGAGGAACCGGGGAGCCCCGCACUACACCGAGCAGAUGCUGCAGGAAGACCGAGAGCAGGCAGAGCGGUGGGAAAAGGAACUUCUGGAGAUGUUCAAAGGAAUGUUGGCUAUACAGAAAGGAGAAAUCUUGGAGCAGGUGCGGAGGGAGAGGCCUCCCAAGGACUGCACCAUUCUCUAAUGAGGGGUUCGAAGCCCUCCGACUCAGCCAGGGAGCGGGACGCGCAGGGUUCUGCCCCCCAACACCCCGCCCUCGGCCCCCCCAUCCGUUUCAUCUGCAUGCUCAGCGCCGGCCUUGUCAGCUGCGUUGCUGUCGUUUGUGCAUGAUCCAUCAUGCGCGCAAGAUGUGUUUUCCUCACUUUCCGUGAAUAAA